CAGACGCACAGUGGGUGUCAGCCGGUGUCCACGUUGUGAAAUUUUGUGAAAUUUUAAAGAUGGCACCAACUACAGUAGCCGAGGACAGGUUGACGUCAGGGCACCGGCUCUCCCACCCGCCCCCUGGUGACGAAAUCUACAUCACCGGUGUAUCUGGAUACUUCCCGGAUUCAGACUCCGUUAUACAUCUGCAGGAAAAUCUUUUCAACAAGGUGGACUUGAUAUCAGGUGACGACCGCCGCUGGAAGCUAGCCCACCCUGAGAUUCCUCAGAGAACCGGCAAGAUCAACAAUGUCAACAAAUUCGACGCAUCUUUCUUCGGGGUCCACUAUAAGCAAGCGCACACUAUGGACCCCAUGUGCAGGAUCCUUCUGGAGAAGGCGUACGAAGCAGUCAUUGAUGCUGGUAUGAACCCCAAAGAGCUUCGGGACACGAAGACGGGUGUUUUCGUGGGCGCCUGCUUCUCAGAGUCUGAGAAGACCUGGUUCUACGAGAAGAUGCAAGUCAACGGAUUUGGUAUCACUGGAUGCUCCCGUGCUAUGCUGGCCAACCGUAUCUCCUACUGGUUAGGAGUGACUGGUCCCUCCUACACCGUGGACUCUGCCUGUUCCAGCUCCCUCUACGCCAUAGAACACGCCUUCAGAGCCAUCAGGGAUGGCCACUGUGACGCUGCUAUAGUCGGAGGAUCCAACCUCUGCUUGCAUCCUUAUGUGUCCCUUCAGUUCUCAAGAUUGGGAGUGCUGUCCCCUGACGGUAGAUGCAAGAGUUUCGACAACAAGGCCAACGGAUAUGCACGUUCAGAGGCGGUCGCCGUCUGCUUCUUACAGAAGGCUAAAGACUCUAGGAGGGUAUACGCCCAGCUCCUGCACGCGAAGACAAACUGCGACGGAUACAAAGAACAGGGCAUCACGUACCCCGCUGGUCACAUCCAGAAGCUCCUCCUCAGGGAGUUCUACGAAGAGUGCUCCAUCCCUCCCUCUACGCUGGAGUUCGUUGAAGCCCACGGCACUGGUACUCGCGUGGGUGAUCCUGAGGAGCUGUUGGCCAUCGACGAAAUCUUCUGCACAGGGCGUUCGGAACCGCUGCUCAUUGGCUCCGUCAAGUCCAAUCUGGGCCACACUGAACCUGCAUCAGGACUGUGCUCCGUUGCUAAGAUGUGUAUAGCCUACACCACCGGCCUCAUCCCUCCCAACCUGAACUACCACACCCCUCGCGAGGGUGUCGCGGCCCUUGAUGAGGGUAGGCUGACAGUCGUCACGGAGAAGACUCCGUGGAACAAGGGCAUGUGUGGCAUCAACAGCUUCGGCUUUGGAGGGGCCAACGCCCACGUGUUGUUGAAGAACGUUGCUAGAGAUAAGGUGAACCACGGCGUCCCAACUGACGACUUGCCCCGCCUAGUCUGCAUCUCAGGCCGAACUGAGUCUGCUGUGGCCAAGAUCCUAGAUGACCUGGAGUCCAGGCCAGUAGACACUGAGCUCAUCAGGCUGUACCAUGCUAUCCAUGAUGAAGAUAUUAUAGGACAUGUUGUGAGGGGUUACAGUUUGUUGGAAUCCCAUCCCCCCAAGGCGGUGUCUGUCGCCCGCGACAUGCAAUACUUCUCCGGUGUGAAGCGACCGGUCUGGUUCGUGUAUUCUGGUAUGGGUUCCCAAUGGGCUGGAAUGGCUACUGAGCUCAUGAGGAUCCCGAUCUUCGCUGCUGCUAUUGAGAAAUGCCACAAGGCCCUCGAGCCCAAAGGCAUCAACCUGACGAGGAUCAUCACGGAGCCCGACCCAAAGAUCUACGACAACAUCCUCAACUCCUUCAUCGGGAUCGCCGCUGUCCAGAUCGGUCUGACUGACAUCCUGAAGGCUAUUGGGAUUGAGCCUGACUACAUUAUUGGUCACAGCGUAGGCGAGUUGGGUUGCGCGUACGCCGACGGUUGCUUCACCGCUGAGCAAAUGAUCCUCUCAGCGUACAGCCGUGGACUGGCGUCUAUUGAGACGCCGUUCAUCAAGGGAUCCAUGGCUGCUGUUGGACUGGGUUACAGCCAGAUGAAGACCAUGUGCCCGCCUGAAAUCGAGGUGGCCUGUCACAACGGGCCUGACUCCAGCACCAUCUCAGGACCAGCUGACAUCAUGAAGAGCUUCGUGGCGAAACUGACUGCUCAGGGCAUCUUCGCCAAAGAAGUGCCUUGCUCCAACAUUGCGUACCACUCCAGAUACAUCGCAGAAGCAGGUCCCAGGCUACUCAAAUACCUCACUGAAGUCAUCCCAACUCCGAAGAGGCGUUCAGAGAAGUGGAUGUGCACGUCCCUGCCCCAAGCACAGUGGAAGGACCCAAAGGCCGAGAUGUCCUCGGCUGAGUACCACACCAACAACCUUUUGAGCCCAGUCCUCUUCGAAGAGACCUCCAGACUAAUCCACCACAACGCGAUCACAAUCGAGAUCGCUCCCCACGGCCUCCUCCAAGCGAUCCUCAGGCGUUCCCUCAAGAAGGACGUCAUCAACAUCCCUCUAACCCAGAAGAACAACAAAGACAACGUACAAGUGCUGCUCAACGCUUUGGGCAAAUUGUACGAGGCUGGAUUGAACCCGCACCUCGCGAAUAUCUACCCACACGUCCCCUACCCUGUGUCCCAGGGGACUCCGAUGAUCGCUCACCUGGUGGAAUGGGAACACAGCGAGGAUUGGUAUGUGACGUCAUACAGAGCCCAGGAGAAGAUGAAGUCUGGUGAGCGAACGGUGAGGAUGUCCAUAGUGGACGAAGACAGCGAAUAUAUGGCCGGUCACGUGGUUGAUGGCCGCAACCUGUACCCAGCUACCGGCUACCUAGUCCUGGUUUGGGAAACCCUCGGCAUGAUGAUGGGAGAACUCUACACCGAGGUGUCGGUCGUCUUCGAGAACGUCCGCUUCCAGAGAGCCACCAACAUCCCUAAAGACGGCAACCUGGAGUUCAUCAUCAUGAUUCAGAAGGGCAGCGGGAACUUCGAGAUCGUAGAGAGCGGCGCAUCCAUUGUAACUGGACGUAUCUACGCCAAGAAGAACGUGGGCCAGGACUAUAGAGUCAUUCCGCCAGUGCCCGAGUCCACAGGGCCCAACAUCAAGCAUCUCCUCACCAAAGACUUCUACAAGGAACUGAGACUGAGAGGAUACCAGUACAGUGGCCUCUUCCGCGGCGUAAUCGGCUGCAACGUCGAAGGCAGCCGUGGUAGGCUGGCCUGGGUCAACAACUGGGUCACCUUCAUGGACUGCAUGCUCCAGAUGAAGAUCAUCGGCCAGGACACGCGAGGACUCUUCGUCCCCACCAGGAUCGAGAAGAUGUCGAUCGACGCCAAUAUGCAUUAUAAUGCCAUUUCCAAGAUGAACCCAGACUCGGCUAAGCACUCGUUUGAAGUUCGGGUUUACCCUGAUGUUGAUGUCAUCAGGGCCGGUGGAGUUGAGAUCCGAGGUCUCCACGCAACUCCCAUUUCGAAGAGGAUCCCACUUGGUGUGCCGGUAUUGGAGAAGAAUGUCUUCAUUCCCAACUUUGGGACUGGCAAGAUGAAGAUCGAAGACAUCCUCCGUGCGAAUAUCCAGCUUAUUCACGAGAACAUACAAACUUACAAAGUCAAAAGCAUUGAGUUGGUCGACGAGGAAUACAAGAAGAACAACCUCGAGCCAAUAAUCCCGGCUAUUGGGGACAUCCUGGGUGACCUGCCUCUGGUACAAGCAGAGCUUCUGCUGAUAUCUGAAGAGCCUAUUGAGGAUAUGCCUCACACCGUCACAGUGGAGAAUAAGAAGCUGUCUGGAGAAUCGAAUACGCUGAUGUUUGUUGGUGCUAACCUUCUGAAGAGAGACGAUGUUCUCCAACAAGCUUUAGGAACCCUCCGCGACAAAGCCUUCAUCAUGAGCAGAGAAAAAGACCGUCCCGACCCCAAGCGUUUCUCGGACAAGUACGAUAUCAUCACCAUUCAGGACACAGGCCUUGAAUACAUAGUCCUCUUGAGAAAGAGGGUAGGAGCUCGCCCUGCUAAGUUCGUCAAAAUCGUCACCACUGAUCAGACAUUCUCGUGGGUGGAUAAAGUUAAAGAAGAACUUAAAGAAGGUCAGAAGGUCGUGCUUUACAACCAAGAUGAGCACAUCAACGGUCUGCUAGGUCUAGUCAACUGUUUGAGAAGAGAACCUGGUGGUGAGGUCGUGUAUGGACUGCUUAUCGCCGACCCGUCAGCGCCACCGUUCAAUCCUGACUUGGAAAUGUAUGAGGAGCAACUGGAUAAGGACUUGGCCAUGAAUGUUUUCCAAGAUGGUCAAUGGGGAACAUACCGCCAUCUUCUCCUCGGGGACUUAGACACUGUCCGCGCUGAUCACGGCUACGUCAACACCGUCACCAUCGGAGACUUGUCUUCCAUGAGGUGGCUGGAAGGACCUAUCAGGCCCAACCAGACCUUCAAGACCCCUUCGAGUGUGCUUAUCCAUGUAUACUGCUCGGCCCUGAACUUCCGUGACGUCAUGACGGCGACAGGCCGCGUCACAGUAGACGCUGUGGCUCGCGGCAGACUGGCCCAGGAGUGCGUCCAGGGAUUCGAAAUCGUUGGCAGGACUCCCAAUGGUUCCCGAGUGAUGGCCAUGAUCCGCAGUGCUGGCAUGGCGAACAUGGUGGAAGGUGACAAGUGUCUGAUCUGGAGCGUUCCCGAUGAGUGGAGCUUCGAGGAGGCGGCCACCGUGCCUGUGGCUUAUGGCACCGUGUAUUAUGCAAUGGUAAUGGUAGGCCAGCUCCAACGUGGUGAAUCGAUCCUGAUCCACGCCGGUUCUGGAGGAGUGGGGCAGGCCGCCAUCAAUGUGGCGCUACAUUACGGCUGUGAGGUCUUCACCACAGUCGGAACUGCUGAGAAGAGAGCCUUCAUCAAGAAGCUAUUCCCGCAGCUUAAAGACAGCCACAUCGGCAACUCCCGUGACACCUCCUUCGAAGACAUGAUCCGUCGGGAGACCAAGGGCAAGGGAGUCGACAUAGUCCUCAACUCGCUAUCUGACGAGAAGCUACAUGCGUCCGUUAGGUGUCUCUGCUACCGAGGCCGCUUCCUCGAGAUCGGCAAGUUCGACAUCAGCAACAACACUCCCAUCGGGAUGUACUUCUUCCUCAAGGAGACGUCCUUCCACGGGAUCAUGUUGGAUUACAUCUUCGACCAGAGCGAAGACUUCAGGAAGCGUCUCCAAGACCUGCUGCUGUCAGGAAUCGAAAGUGGCGCUGUGCGUCCACUCACGUACUGCACCUUUGAGAAGCAUGAGGUGGAGACCGCCUUCCGGUACAUGGCUGCCGGCAAGCAUAUCGGGAAGGUAAUUGUCAAGAUCCGCGACGAAGAGCGCAGCCACAGGCCUGUCAAACCCACACACAUGCCUAUAGACGCUGUACCAAGAUACAUGUGCCACGAGGACAACGUAUACGUCAUAGUCGGAGGUCUGGGAGGAUUCGGACUUGAACUGGCCGACUGGCUCAUCAUGAGGGGCGGGAGGAAGCUGCUCCUCACCUCUCGCAAGGGCGUCAGCAAUGGCUACCAGUCGUCGAGGCUCAGAGCAUGGGCCAGCUAUGGCGCCGACGUCCAGAUAUCAACCCAUGACGUCACCACUGAAAGCGGCUGCGAGGAAAUGCUCCUCAUGGCCAAGUCGAUGGGACACGUGGACGCCAUAUUCAACUUGGCGGUGGUGCUCAAAGACUCCAUCUUCCAGAACCAAACUCCUGAGACCUUCAAGACCUCGUUCGGUCCGAAGGCUCUUGCUACUAUGCAUCUGGACAAGCUGUCGAAGAAACACUGCCCUGGAUUGAGAAACUUCGUGGUCUUCUCAUCGGUGUCAUGUGGACGUGGUAACGCUGGUCAGACCAACUACGGUCUCUCCAACGGUGUGAUGGAGAAGAUCUGUGAAUGGAGGAAGAAGCUUGGUCUACCAGCUUUGGCCGUGCAAUGGGGAGCUGUUGGAGAUGUCGGUCUAGUAGCCGACAUGCAAGAUGACGACGUCCAGCUCGAGAUCGGUGGUACCCUCCAGCAAAGAAUCUCCUCCUGCUUGCUAGCUUUGGACAAGUUCUUGAAGCAGGACAGCCCAGUAGUAUCCUCCAUCGUGGUAGCCGAGAAGAAGGCUGGAGGCUCUGGUUGUGGCAACAUCGUGGAUGCUGUUGCUCAGAUAAUGGGUAUCAAGGACCUGAAGACGGUCUCGCAGCAAGUGUCCCUGGCCGAGCUUGGUAUGGACAGUAUGAUGGCGGUGGAGAUCAAGCAGACCCUGGAGAGAGAGUUCGAGAUCUUCCUCACGGCUCAGGACAUCAGAACCCUCACCUUUGCCAGACUCGUAGAGCUGACCGCCCAGCGGGAAGCCGCCGCGUCCACCUCCGCCGCCCGCCCAGCCGCGGCCGAAGGCGCCGCUGGUCUCCGAGUCCUCAUGAGGAACUUCGGCGAGGAGAACCUGGUCUCCGAACCGCUCAUUUACAUGCCUACGAUGGUCAGCGAUGGAGUUGAGGGUGAAGAAGCAAUACACGUGAUGGAGAACGUGAUGUUCGUUAUACCAGGACUGGAGGGUUGUGCAGCGGCGCUGGAGCCGUUGUGCCGGCGGCUGAAGAUCAAGGUCUGCGCGCUGCAAUUAGGGGUUGAACACAAGCAUGAGACCCUGGAUAUGAUGGUCUCUCGUCUGCACGAGACGGUUCGUUCAAGAUUGGCGCCUGGAGCCAACUUCUGGGUCCUUGGAUACAGUUUCGGUUCUUUGCUUGCAUUGGAGCUGGCUGCCAAACUGGAGAGUGAAGGCAACAAAGGUACAGUAUUCUGCGUCGACGGUGCCCCAGACUUCCUCUACGCCAUGUUGACCAUGACGAUCAGCUUCAAAAACGACUUCCAGCUGCAAAACAACCUUCUCUGUCACACCCUCGACGUCGUCGCUCCCGGCAACGAAGUCACCAAAAACCUGAUGGAGAAACUCAGCGAAAUCGAGUCUUAUGACGAAAGAGUUCAAUAUGCCCUUGAUGUGUCCCCUGUUCAGGCUAAAUACACCCCCAAAUUCGUUGGAGCCACCGCUGUGAACUGCUUUGACCGUCUUAAAGCCGUUCUCAACUUUGAUCACAAGAAAUUCAGGAAACUCAAGUCCCCCAUCAUUCUCUUGAGACCUAAAGAAAACCCCCCAUUUGUGGUGGUCGAAGAAAACUACGGCUUAGACAAGUUCUCAGACCUUCCGGUCACAGUUCACUUCCUUGAAGGAAACCACAUUAGUAUUAUCGAGAAUAAGGAUUGUGCCAACAUCAUCAAUCGGUUUCUGGUCGAAACUGAAGGUGAGAAAGGGAAAACCGCCCAGAAUGUGGUCACGAGUAUGGUCGAAAACCAGAGGCAGGUCGAAGUCUGAUUUGAACCUUUUUGGAACAGAAUUUUAUGCUUUUUGAACCCGUUUCAACGACAAACUUGAUUUCGAAUUUGGAAUGUGUUAAUUUAUUUAUUUAUUUAAGGGAAGUUUUUUUGUUAGUUUUUUAAAUAAAAUUAGUGGCCGUUUUGCUAAGUGACUUUAAUUUUAAACUUAGUUUAGUUCGUUAGAUGUAAGCGCCGUCUCAAGACGCCAGUACCAAACAAAAUAUUCAAUUCAAUAAAAUAAUUGAGGUUUCUAGGGGAUUCCUUUAGAUUUGUAAUAGUUUAUUUUUUAUAAUAAUUUGUUUGGAUUUUAUGUUUUUGAUUGUGGAAACCGUUGGUUAAAUAUUUAUAAUAAAAUGGAUUUGAUUUUUCGUGCCAAAUUUGUGGGACUGAAAUAUAUUUUUGUGUGCAAUUUGAA